CAAACUGUACGAAUGAUAACAGUAAAGAAAUCGGCUUCUCGUUAUUCAAAUUGGAUUGUGAUUAUAUUUUCUUUUAGUUCUUUAUCUUUAUAAUUUAACGUCUUUCUGUGAUUUUAUACUUUACGUUCUAUAUUUAUCAUGUUUUACAUUAUAGGAAUAGGUUUAGGGGACGUCAAAGACAUCACAGUUCGAGGUCUCGAAAUUGUUCGAAAGGCUGAACGUGUGUACUUAGAAUCGUAUACAUCUAUAUUAGCUGAAGACAAACUACAAUUGGAACAAUUUUAUGAAAGACCAUUGAUUGAAGCUGAUCGCGAGCUAGUUGAACAAGAUGCUGAUCAAAUAUUGGAUAAAUCUAAUGAGGUAGAUAUAGUUUUGCUUGUAGUUGGUGAUCCUUUUGGUGCAACUACACAUGCUGAUAUAUUACUGAGAGCACACAAUUUAAAAAUUGAAACUAGAGUGAUUCAUAAUGCUUCUAUUAUGAAUGCUAUUGGAUGUUGUGGACUUCAAUUGUAUCAUUUUGGAGAAACUGUAUCAAUACCAUUCUGGACAGAUGUUUGGAAACCUUCCAGUUUUAUAAACAAAAUUAAUCAAAACAAAUCAAAUGGUCUGCACACCUUAUGUUUACUUGAUAUUCAAGUAAAAGAACCAACAUGGGAAAGUAUCACUAAAAAGAAAAAAGAAUAUCAGCCAUCCAGGUAUAUGGAAGUAAAACAAGCAGUUUCACAGUUAUUAGAUAUUAUUAAAAAUAAUGAAUUUGAAGGGAAAAAUUAUGUGACUCAAGAAUCCCUGUGUGUUGGUGCAGCACGUAUUGGAUGGCCAGAUCAAAAGAUUGUUGCUGGCACAUUAACUGAAAUGGCCAAUGUAGAUUUAGGAUCACCAUUACAUUCUUUGGUUAUUGUUGGUACACUUCAUCCACUCGAAGAACAGUUUCUUAAACAAUUUUAUAUUUAAACUAAUAAUUAAAUA